UGGGGAAGUGGGGGCAACACAACAGCCGACGGGGGAAUCAGAACCAGUCGGGACAGAACCAUGGGGGAAUUCUCCUCAUAAUGUGGGGGAGGCAAAAAUGAAAAAUUCAAACAAGUCUGACAUCAAUGAGGUAACAUCUGGCAGUUCUCCUCCGUGAAUCUAUCACCACCAUGAACAACAAAGACAGUCGCAUUGUCAUUGUAGGGGCGGGCGUGUUUGGUCUGGCGGCCGCCCGUCAACUGGCGUUGGAGGGAUAUCGCCAGGUGCUGGUGCUGGAUCGCUCGAUGCCCCCCGUGGCCGAUGGCUCCAGCUCCGACAUUUCACGCAUGAUCCGCUUCGACUAUGCAGACGAUGACUAUCUGCGGAUCUCGCAUCAGGCCUAUCUGGAGUGGACCAAGCCCAAGUACCAGGGCAUCUUCUAUCCCGCCCCCUUCAUCCUGACGGGCAACACCAGUGCCCACGGCCAGGCCUGGAUUGCCAGCACCACCGCAGCCCUAACCCGCCGGCAGUUGCCCUUCACCAGGCUCGACGAUGUCCACGCCACCAAGCAGAUCCACCCCGUUCUCAGUGGCGCGUUGGCGGCUCCCCCGUUCAAUGGCUAUCUCAACACCCAGGCCGGCUGGGCCGAUGCCAACAAGGCCAUCAGUCAGAUCCGGGACGACUGUCUCGAGCUGGGAGUCUCAUUUGUGUGCGGUCGCAGAGGAACGGUGGUCGGACUCGAGACCGAUGCCGCCCAAGAGAUCAAGGCCGUGCGGACUCUGGUCGGCAGUCCAAUCGAGGGCGACUGCUUCCUCCUCACGGCCGGGGCCUGGGCCUCGAGCCUGGUCCCCAUGUAUAAUUCCACCCUGACCACCGGACAGGUCGUUGCCUAUCUGCGCCUGACCCCGGAGGAACUGGUGAAGUACAAGGAUCUCCCCAUGUAUGCCAACUUCUCCACGGGGUGGUUCAAUUUCCCCCCUCAUGAGGAGACGGGCAUCCUCAAAUUCGCCGUCCACGGAUGGGGCUACACCCGCACGCCGGGCCAGGAGGAGGUCCUCUCCAACCAGACGAAUGUCUCGGCGCCCCCCUUGAUUCCGCCCCGCGAGCGCCGCAACUUCGUGCCCGCCGAUGGGGAGGUUCGGCUGCGCGACGGACUGCGCGAGAUUCUCCCCGAAUUGGCCGAUCGACCCUUCGAGAAGCUGGCCUUGUGUUGGUACACCGACACGCCCACCGGGGACUUCAUCAUGGACUACCACCCUGACUACAAGAAUCUGUUUAUUGGGGGAGCGGGCAGUGGACAUGGAUUCAAGUUCCUCCCCGUCCUGGGUGAGUACCUGUCGCUGGCGUUGAGAAAGGGGCUGCCGAAGGAUCUGGCGCAGAAAUGGAGAUUUCGAACCGAUUACGCCACGCGCGAUGAUGUCUUCUUGGGAGACGGCAGUCGAGGCGGACCCGUUCGUCGUGAAUUGAAUUCCCAGGAGAGGGCGAAACUGUAGAGAAUGUCUUGUCUGUUUGUCGCAAACUUGAGCAAGCAUGUCAAAUAUCUCCUGCAUCUGAACCGGCUUCCAGAGUGCGAAUAUUUAUUUCCGCCCGGUUACAUGAGCAGUUCCUCAAUGCUCGGGGGUGGGAAUAGUAGUUCUCUCAAACGAUGCAUACCACAGUUUACGCGCC